CCAGAUUUGGCAAAGUUGUCGCACACACCAUUCUAGUCGUAAGUGCGGCCUAUCAGUAGACUGAGGUGGAGUCGCUGCCUCUUUCCCUCUCACUCUCGGUGAAGUGAUUCAUCUCGCGAUCUUGUGACUGUUUACUGCGCUUCUUUCCCUUGUAUCUUCCCGCGUGUCAUACUUCAGCUUCUUCCAUACACAAUGAUCAAUCCAAAGCGAGAUAUGAAAUCGAAGUACUGCAUAGAGAUGUGAACAGCUUCACCUCCCCGCAAUAAGCGCCGAAUGAAAGAAAGCCUCCCUCCAUCUUUCAAGACAUCGUCUCCGAACCCCCGGACUCACCAUGACGCGCCUCCUCAACCUCAUCCUAGCCCUCAGUCUCACAUCCCGGGUGGUCUCAGCCUACAACACGCAAACAUGCUGCGACCUCGCCAAAAACGAUUCUCAAUUCAUCGGCCUCGUUCCCGUAAACCAGACAUGCGGCCAGCAAUACAGCUCCUCGCUCGCGCCCGCCGAGCCGUUGUACGUCAGCUACGCGUUUUGUAGUUCGAGGUGCAGCGGCAUCGAGUUGUCGAGGGCGAGUAACCCUAAUCAGUGGGCGGCUUCGAUCGUGCAGUUUAUUCUCCCGUCGGUGAUCUUUAGUAUGACGAUCCCGAGAAGGAAGAAGAUCGAGUUUGACUAUCUUUUUGAGUUUGAGUGGCCGAGAAAAUUGACGAGAUGCAAGGGUGUCAAUGAUGCUGUUCAACUGCUUGUUUCGUUGGUGUGUUUUGCGGUUAUCCUGGUACCGGUGACGAUCGAUAGUAUCAUGUGGAUCGUGUCGAUUAUGGUGGGCGCGGGCAACAUGAUUGUGGGGGGUCUGUAUGAGGCGCAUUUGGAUUAUCGGAUCGUGAGGUUUGUGAGGGAUAUGGGGGAGACGGUUGGGGAGGAGGAGGUGAGGGUCAAGAGGGAGUUGUUGGUUACGAUUACGAGUGGCAAUUUGAUGUUGGAGAAGGGGAAGCCGUUGGAGGCUAUUACGAGGAGUAUAGUCAUUCCGGGGAAAGAUGAGCCGAAGGAGGGAAAGGAGAAAGCGAGGUCGAGAUUGUUGAAUUUGCUGGGUGCUCAGACGAGCUUUGGGAAUGCUGUUGGAAGUCCCGUGUUGUUCUAUCUGGGAGCUUUCGUUUACACUAUCUUGGACCUGAGGACUGAUCCAAGCAGUGAGGACUCGGCGAUUUCACUGGGCUUUGGUAUUGAGUGGAUGGUUAUUGUCCAUGUUGCUAUUGUCAGUGGAUGUCUUCUGGCAAGCAACAAUCCAAGCACAUCCGCAGGAAUUGUGGGAUCGGGCCACGAAGCACUGGAUUGUCGACCUCCUAUUCUCAAGAGGGCUGGAACCCUAAAGUCUCAUCGAUCAGGUGAAGAUCCAAAGACAGCAUCUCAUCGAGAAAGGAAGCGCUUCUACCAUCUUAUCUUCGGUUGGAGUAAUGCUUACGAAACUGAGUUCCAGCCAGUGUCACUCUGGGGUCGUGGAAGCAACAAGAUGCAAUGGGUCGAGGAAACACAAGCUUAUAAAUCUCCAGAUGGCAAGUUCAAGGACCUGAUGACAAUCACGCCUCUCGGCUGGGUCUUCAAGAUUCUUCUUCCAGCACUUACCUUUAUCGUCCUACCACCAGCCUCUGGAGCAGUAGUAGCAUACGUUACCCCGCCGAUAGGAAUGGGUUGUCGGUCCUUGAGCUGUACAGUCUAUGCUUGCUGUCAAGUCAUAGUCACCAUUCUCGCGACGAUUCGGUGUGCCGUUGACGAUGGCUCCUACGGCCGCGUCCUCAAACACCUCUUCACAGGCUGGCGCUUCGUCGCUCUCUCUUCUCUCUUCUGGUUUGGAUCUUUUAUGGCAGCUAUAGGAGGCAUGACCAUGCAAACCAUCGGCGUCUACAGGAACUGCGUUUGUUAUGCAGUCUCAAGUUCGUGGUGGAAUAUCAAGCAUAUCAAUCCUAUGAUCAACCUUGCAACAGAUACUCAGGCUGCGAGAGAUAGUUCUGUGUAUUGGAUCUGGAUGGGGAGUGUGGCGACCAUGUUUAUGGCCUGGACGACGUAUGUGGGGUGGUGGUAUCAGAAAUUGAUUAGAAGGAGAUUCACGGAUGCUGUUAAGGAGAUGUUUGAGCCGGAACCGAUUGAAGGAGUAGAAUUGAGAAGAAUGGACGGAGGUGCAGGAGAUACGGUGGAGAUUGAGUUUGUUGGGGAGGGAGAAAGAGAUAAAGGAAGGGAUUCCAUGACCGUGCCAUUGCUGAGGAUGGAUAGUGCCAGGAGUUGGGCGACGAGUACGAAUGAGGCUAUUGAUCCAGCGAGACUCAGUCCGAGACUUGAUGCCGAUGGUUGGGGAUCUGUGAGAGGGGUUCAGAGAUUGAGGGCUGAUAGUCAGGUUCCGCUUCUUAGGGUUUCUUUAGAUAAGAGUUGA